CUAUGGAUUUCUGUUACUUCUCCUUCAUAUCCUGAGAGCUGUUAUUGCACUGGAGGAGAGGAUUAUCGUCAGUAAACUUGGAGACAAUGCUACGCUGAGUUGCAUUUAUCGAGGAAAAGAAUUGCACUUAAACAGUCUGCGGGUAUAUUGGCAAAUAGCCGAUGAUCAAGAAGAGUGUUCAGUUGUACAUGCACUGAUUUCUGGUCAAGACAACGAAAGUGAACAGUGUAUUCACUUUAAAAACAGGACUCAGUUAUUCUGGGAUAGAUUGGAAAAUGGCGAUUUUUCUCUGCUACUACUAAACGUCAGCCAGAGUGAUGAACGUACGUACAAAUGUGUAGUACUGCAGAAAACUGAAUAUACCAAAGUGAUUCACCAGGCAGAAGUGGUUCUCAGUUUAGCAGCUAGUUAUAGCCAACCAAUACUCAGUGGACCGAUAAGAAACAGUGACAGUACUGGAGAGGAGGUGACUUUCAGCUGCAGGUCUGGCAAUGGAUACCCAGAGCCCAAUGUUUAUUGGGUGAAUAAAACGGACAACAGCCACCUGCCUCCAUCAGAGCUAAAGAUCACCCCCCACACCGAUGGCACUUACAGCAUUUUUAGCACACUGAAGGUUAAAGCCACUUCUAACAUGCAAAUAGAGUGCUCCAUAGAAAAUAAAAUACUGCAGGAAAAUCUGUCAGCCAACUACACACAGCAGAAGCAAAGCAAUGGUGCUAGCCCAGAAAGUCACAAAAACCCGGAAAAAAAUAGACGAGGUGCUCAAGCAGCUGGCAUAGUUUCCGUUGUCAUUCUGAUAGGUCUUCUAGCUGUUUUAAUCUGCUGGCUGUGGAGACGGAGAUCCUCUAAACCAGCGUCCUACACAGAUGUCCAACCAAAUGAAGACAGAGGGGAACUCAACU